GUUUGAGGGCAACUUCCAGAGCUCUCUUCCAACCGGUGAAGAGGCUGGCUGAAGUCACCAUCGUCAUAGCAUUCUUCCUCUCUGUCUUUGCUGUACUCGGUAUGCAUUUCUUCAUGGGAAGCCUGAUGAACAAAUGCCAAAAUUCAUUUCAACCAGAGCUAUGACAACGAAGGCUUUGCCAUAGCAGGCAGGCUCUUACAUCAACAAUCCUGAAUACCACUACUUCAGGCCUUCGGAUGUAGAUGCCCUUGUUUGUGGAAACUUCUCGUCUGCCGGGACCUGUCCAGAGGGAUUCAUCUGUAUGCGUGGAGGAAAAAACCCAAAUUAUGGAUACACCAACUUUGACUCAUUUGGAUGGGGCUUCCUGUCUGCUUUAAGAAUAAUGACCCAUGACUUCUGGUGGAACCUCGCCGAGUUGACUGUGCGUGCAACAGCUAUACAAACCAUAAUCUACUUUGCGAUGGUCCUCUUCCCCGCCUCCUUCUACCUGCUCAGCCUCUUUAUGGGUAUGGUUGCCAUGGCGACGGCUGAGCGCAGUGAGGCCAGUGCCGCCGAGGCCAAGCGGAGAGAAGAAGAUUUCGCCGAGAUCCUGCAAGCGCUGAAGAAGUGCGAGGUGGAGGAGACUGAGCUCUCUGACAAAAACGAUUCAGCACCACAGAGGAAGAAUUCGGCAAACAAGCAAGAACACACUGCUUUGGAAGAGGACCACAGGUCGUGUCUUCCAUGGUGUUCUUCCUUUGCCGAUCGCUUCCCGGAGGUGAAAUGUUGUGGCUGUUGGCAGUGGCUCAAACAGCGGCUCUACACCUUCGUCAUGGAUCCGUUUUUCGAACUUGGCAUCGCCAUUUGCCUCAUCGUCAACGUCUUGUUUUUGUCUAUGGAACAUUAUCCGAUGGUAGUAGAAUUUUAUGGCGUGCUGAGCCACGCAGAGCUGGUCUUCAUAUUCAUCUACACCCUUGAGAUGAUCCUCAAACUUGUUGCCAUGGGCCUGUGUGGCUACUUCCAGAUGAACUGGAACGUCUUUGAAUGCACCAUCGUCUUUGGGAGUCUGAUGGUGCUGGGUGUGGCUGAUGUUUCAGGUUUUUCGAUCAUAAGAAGCUUACGAUUGUUACGAGUUAUACGGCUGGCCAAGUGGUGGCCGACCUUUAACUUGUUGCUGCGGAUCGUGAGGAACUCAAUGGGGGCUCUGAGGAACCUGACUCUGUUUCUUGUCCUCAUGGUCUUCUUCUUCUCCGUGGCCGGCAUGCACCUGUUUGGUCAGAGCUACAUUAAAUGCGCCUGCAAGAUCGCUGUUGACUGUGAGCUUCCUCGCUGGCACAUGGCAGACCUCUUCCACUCCUUCCUCGUCGUCUUCAGGAUCCUGUGUGGAAACUGGAUUGAGUUACUGUGGGACUGCAUGGAGGUCUCUGGUCAGGCAACGUGUUUGAUUUUCUACAUCACGGUCCUGGUCAUUGGAAAGCUGUUGAUUCUGGGUCUGUUCAUGGGCUUGUUGCUAUCCAAUCUGGCAGCUCCAGAAGAAGACAAAGAAGGGGUAGGAAAAAAUAAAAUAAAGAUCGCCUUAAACCGCAUCAAGAAGGCCUUGACCCAUGUCAAACCCAACAACACUGAUGGGACCGGACCUGAUGGGACCGGACCUGAUGCAGUUACCAGCGAGGGAGACGACAAGAAGGAGUACCUGGCUUUGACUUCUGUGACCACAGCGCAGCCGGUGUCAAAGAAAGUUGAGGAGAAGAAAGGCGAUACAGUUCAGGAUAGAAACACACCUGAGGACUGCUGCUGUGACAUGUGCCACCAGUGCUGUUCGUUCCUGGAAACAAACACGUCCCGGGGCAUAUGGAGGAUCUGGUCUAACUUCAGGAAAUGCUGUCUGUCCAUUGUAGAGCACAGAUUCUUUCAGUUGUUCAUCAUCCUCAUCAUCCAGCUGAGCUGUUUCACUCUGAUGGCUGAGGACAUCAACCUGGAAUCCCGUCAAAUUUUGAAGGUGAUACUGAAGUACGCAGAUCUGGUGUUCACUAUUGUGUUCGUGGUGGAGAUGAUUCUCAAGAUGCUUGGCUACGGAUUAAAGAGAUACUUCACCAAAAACUGGUGCUGGCUCGAGUUCUUCGUCGUAAACGUGUCCCUGAUUUCUGUGACAAUCAACAUGCUGGAAUUGUCCAACGUUUUACCCUUCAGGGGCUGGAAGACUCUGAGGUCUCUGAGGAUGUUGUCUUUCUUCAGAGGCACAAAGGUGGUGUUGAACGCCCUGCUCUGUGUCUUACCGUCCCUCUUUGACGUGCUGCUGGUGGGUUUGACCGUCUGGUUGUUCUUCGGUGUGGUCGGAGUGAAUCUAUUCGCAGGAAAGUUUUAUUACUGUUUUAACGAGACAUCUGAGGAGUAUAUCCUACAUGAAGACGUGAAUAACAAGACAGAGUGUUUCUUUUUGAUCGAAGCAAACUACACUGAGAUGCGCUGGAAGAACCUACCGUUAAACUUCGACCACGUUCCCGCUGCCUUCCUGUCACUGCUAAAUCUGGCUACAGGUGACUGGUAUGACAUCAUGUACGCAGCUGUGGACGCCAGACUGGUGGAGGAUCAGCCGGUGUAUGAAUCAAACGCGAACAUGUACCUGUUCUUGGUCAUCUUCCUCAUCAGCUGCUUCUUCUUUUUGAACCUCUUCAUCAGAGUCCUAAUCGACACCAUCAACCAGCUGAGACGCAAGUUUGGAGGUAAAAACAUCUUCUUAACGGAGGGGCAGAACAUAAUUUACAAGACAAAGAAGAAGCAGUUAAAGCAGACUCCGAUACCUUCUCCUCGACCUCAGAAUAAGUGCCGCGCUGGCGUCUACAGCCUGGUGACCAGCUGGUAUUUCGAGGUCUUCAUGGUCGUGGUGAUCUGUAUCAACGUGUUGGUUCUGGCGUCGGAGACGUACAGCGACAGCUUCGAGAAGGAAGUUGUCCUGUAUUGGAUGCAUUUCAUCAUCCUGAUCAUCUUCCUCAUAGAGAGCAUCCUGAAGAUCGUCGCUUUCGGACGGGAUUUCUUCAGAGACUGCCUGAACACCUGGGACUUUGGGCUCAUCCUCCUGUCUAUCCCAUUCAUCUUCAUCCCGGAUCUUUUAGGCCGUUACUUGCCGAACAUCUACACGGCGUUGAGCAUGAUCCGAUUGGUCCGUGUCUUUCGUGUCCUCCGUCUCCACCCCAAAGCCGCGGGGAUCCGAUCGCUGCUCUGGGCUCUUGAGAUGUCAUUUCCUGCCCUCUUCAACAUCGGCAUCCUCCUCUUCAUCAUCAUGUUCACCUACGCCGCCGUCGGCAUGUCAGCCUUCCCCUAUGUCAAGAAAGGGGCCAUGAUAAACGACCUCGUCAACUUUGAGACAUUUCCGAACAGCAUUAUGACGAUGUUUAUGAUAACCACGAUAACCGGAUGGGACGGUCUGCUCUAUCCCCUCAUGUCCACACCUCCAGACUGCGACUGGUACAUAGAAAACCCGGGAACGGCGAUCAGAGGAGACUGUAGCAACACGUACUUUGGCAUCUUCUUCUUAACCUCCUACAUCAUCAUCUGCUUCCUGCUGCUGCUCAGCGUGUUCUUCGUCAUCAUCCUGGAGAUCUUCGACAUGUUCGCAGAGGAAGACGAGGAGCCGCUGAGCGACGACGACCUCCAGAUGUUUUAUGACACCUGGAAGAGGUUCGACCCCGAUGCUUCGCAGUGCAUCCAGUACAGUAACCUCUCAGAGUUCUGCGAUGCUCUGAAGGACCCUCUGAGGAUUCCCAAACCAAACACCAUCAAACUGAUCCACAUGGACCUGCCUCUGCUCCCUGGAGAUAAGAUCCACUACCUGGACAUCCUCCUGGCCCUCAGAGCCCAGGUGUUUGGUGAUUCAGGACAGGUGGACGAUCUCAAAGCCAACAUGGAAAAAAAGUUCAAGGCUGAAAACACAUCUGAGGUGCCGUAUGAGCCAAUCAGCAGCACCCUGCGCAGGAAAAAGGAAGAGGUGGCGGCAGCGGCCAUCCAGAGAGUGUACAGGAAAUGGAGGCUGGCGUCCAGAGAUGGGACGGAGGGACUAAGUGGUCAGAUGAACGGAGGCAGCAAGCAGACGGAGAUGGAGCCUGCCAAUAACGGCCAGAUGAGAACCUGAGGGAGACUCACCUGUCUGUAGCUUCAUCGGUCGGACAGAUCCAUCGAUUGACUGAUUGAUCCAAAACAUCUGCUCCAAAUGUUUUCUUCAUGAGAAAACGUUUCCUCGUUGCAUCUUCUAGCAGAGCUCAGUCCGAAGCUCGCUGAGAAAAUGUGAUCAAUCUCAAAUUUCACUUCUUAUCAGGUUACUAGAAACACUCUCAGACCAGGUGAUUCAUGCAGUCCAGGUAGUCCAGAGUCUGACUGACAGUUUAAACUCUUCUGAUAAACAUUCUUCCUGAAAUAUCCACAGAUACGUAUAAUGGCAUAUAUGUCAGAAUAGAGCGGAAGCCAACCAUGUUUCAAGUAUUUCAUGUAAUCUGUGGCAAUAGCUGACUUUUAUUCCCUGACUUAAAGCAAAUCUUCCUCUAUGGAGAAGCUUCAUGUGGAGAUGGAGUAGAUAGUCGCGUGCUGAUCGGGCACACACAAAUACAAAUAUGAACACCAACACACAUUUAAACUCCGUCAACAAGUAAAAACUCUCUGACAACGACGACACUGAUGACAGUUACGAGCAAUGCUUAAUAGCAUGUGUAACGUUUCAAUGUUCACCAUGUUCAACGUGUUGUACAGCUGAGACAGACAGGCAUUUCAUUAGCUUUGCAGGACUAGAAGAUGGCAAAAAUCCAAGUUAUUACAGUUCAUUCUGGGUUCAUCCUAGGUCCCUGGUUCAAGUCUGGUAAAGGACUUCUUUAUUGCAUGUCAUACCUCAUAAUUUCUCUCUCUCCACUUGUUUCUUGUUGGCCUCUCUGCCACUGACUCUCCAACAAAGGCAAAACGACCAAAAAAUAAUGUAAAAAGAUAGAUAAGUAAUAUUUUUUUUAAAAAAGAAUUUCAUGGCAAACAAAUCAGAGCUGAUAAAUCCACAAUAUAAAAUAAUUUCAAAGACAAUCAGAUCAAACUGGGACAUGCUUGACAUCUUUGACACCCAAAUAAAUCAAAAAAAUUGGUGCUCAUAAUACGAUAUUUUGUUCUCAAAGCAGCGUUUUUCUCACAAUACCUUUUUUUAAUCCAAAUAUUUUGUGGUUCUUCUCCAAAUAUUAUAAUUUAAUCUCAAAAUGUUACAUCUUUAUCCUCUCUGAAUAAAUAUUACGACUUUAUUGUCAAAAUCUGAAGCAAUUUUUUCCCUCUGACAAUACCACUCAAACGUUCUUGUCAUUUUAUUAGUUAUAAUUUGAUUUAAGCAUCAGUGUCAAAUAAUCCACUAAGUGUUUAUAACCACUAAAAAUACUAAACUUUAUAAAUAUCUAUUGGUUCCAGUCAACUAACCAGUUCAUCGUGAUUAAGUGUGAGUAAUUUUCAGUAAUUUUAGUAUGAAACAGUGUAUGAGUUUACAUAUACUUAAAGUAAAUCCAUCUAUUAACAUGAGACUGCAUCCUUCAGUCAGACUGGAAAUAUGUUAGGUAUGUCCUACACUAACCUUUAACAUGUCAAAUUGAUUGCUUGACUAUUAACAUCCUGCAAUACUGUCAAUAUAAAACAUGUAUUUUAACCAAAACCUUCCUUAGGGUACAAAAGAUAUGAUAUAAACCUUUACAGUAUUACAGUUUACUCUUUUUUUGUUACUGAUAAACGUGCAGAUUUGUUGUUUUACACUAACUUCUUAGCAGCUACAAGUUCAGACAAAAGCAGUAAAACUGUUUUUUUUUUCACAUUCAAGCACAUGCAGAGAAAAUGUGGAGCUGUAAUACUUUGCUGUAUUCCCUUUAUUUUGAAAUAAAUAAAUUUCUAUAGA